CCUGCGUUCAGUCACAAUAUAUGUGGAUUAAAAUGAUGUGGAAGAGGCAAUUUCUACCUUCUUUGAAACAUCUAGGACAUCAUUGGAGUGGGGCUAUACAGUGGAGUGGCCAGCUUUGACCGUCCAGACUACAGUUCCCAGCAUCCUUCACCACUUGCUGUUCUGGUUAAGUCUGCAAGACUUCCAGCUGAAGAAAUUCUGUAUAGCCACAUGUUACCUUCAUCAGGGGUGACUACCUGCGAUGUUGCAAACUCUGCUAUCCAUUAUGUGCUUUUGUAAUUCUGGCUGCUUGUGUAGUAGCUUGUGUCGGCUUGGUGUGGAUGCAGAUUGCUCUCAAGGAAGACCUAGAUGAGUUAAAGGAAAGGUUACGAACCAUGGAGUCUAAUCAAAAAUCCUCAUUUCAAGAAAUUCCUCAAUUGACUGAAGAUAUGCUUAAUAAAGAAAAGGAACUGGAAAAAAUUAAGGAUGGAGAAAUGGGACUGAAUAAAAUUUGGGUAAACAUCACUGAAAUAAGCAAACAGAUAUCUUUGCUGAUGGGGGCAGUAAAUCAUCUCAAAGCGAACAUUAAAUCUGCUUCUGAUUUGAUUAACCUUCCUGUUACAGUGGAAGAUCUUCAGAAAAGUGUUGCCACUAUAGGUAGCACUGUAACCAGUGUUCAUCAUGAUGUUGAGACGAUGCAGGCAGCAAUUGAAGAACAUAAGAAAACUAUAGAAACACUCCAAAAUGAAAUGAGUGAACAUGUAGAAGAUAUUAGAGGAAAGCAACUGCCUUCACUUUCUUCUUCCCCUGUUCCCCAAGUAAAUGAGAAGAAUCUGACAUACAGUUGUAAGCAGGAAAGUCAAUAUCUACAUACCUCUAUAGAGGAGGUAAACUCUACCCUGAUGUUGUACCAGAAACUGAAUGAUUUGAAAUUUUUAAGUUUGGAUUUCACUAUCAGCAAUAUAAGCUGGAGAGUUACUUCAUUAGAAAAUCAUAUGACUUUACAUGUGAAUACACUGGAAAAGAGAGAAAACAUCACCACUGGUGUGGUGAGUGAUGUGGCUACCUCAGCAAAUGUAGAACAUGAAGCAAAGAAUGAAACUGCUGCUGAAAUUGUAGAAAAUAUUGAGAAAAUAGAAGAUGUAGAGUCUCAGGUAUCCAAAUUAAGAGAGAAGCUGCAACAGAUCAGUCGUCUGUCGGUCAAAUCAGAAAAUGACCCAUUGGAAUCAAUGAAAAAAGGAAAGCUCCAGAGUACCACAUCAGAGCCUACAAAACAUCCAAGAGUGUCUUCAAGAUCAGUUGGCAACAGUUAUAUGCGAAAUAGACACCCAAGGGGCUUGUCUUUACCUGGAAUAUCCAACAUUGAAGACCUUCAGAAUUUGUUCAGGGCUGCCAAUCAAGGCACUGAUGGCAAGCUGUCUUAUGAAGACCUGCGAAAUCUGGUUGGUUUUACAUGGAAUGAUUCACAGAACUUCAAGGAAUUUGACGCAGAUGGGGAUGAGAAGUAUUCUCUCCCAGAACUGAGGACAGCACUUGGUGUAUAGUAUCCCUACCUAAAUACAGUAUUGAAUGACUUACAGUAGCUACAACUAUCACAACAAAAAACUUGAUAAGUAAAAGCUACAUUCAGCACUUUCCCCAGUGAUGUACUAAUCUUUGCAGCUAACAUCGUGUACUUGUUGACACCUUUUAAAUUUUGUGUUCUUUAGAAAAUACUCAAAAGCUUUUAUAUUUUUAUCUGUAACUUAAGAGAUGUUGAUUCCUGAAAAGAUUUUCACCUCUGAAUCUGAAAUGCAGAGAUAAUUAGACACAAUGAGGUCCUUUCGACCCAAACAAGGCAAUUGGUUGCCAAAGAUUUGCUGCAUUCCUUUCCUUUCCAUUUUCAUAGAACUGAGGUGCAUCUAAUUUUCUCUGACUCAGAGCCAGAGGAUGAUACCCUGCCAUCACGUUUCACAACUGUGGGGGUAAUUAUUCUUGCAUUGAAAUAAUAUAUUCAUAGCAGGAUAGGGUAACUGCACCUUAAACUAUGCUAAGAAUUUAGCUCAAUGUGUUAUUUCCCUUAUAAGGGAAGCGCUUGUUUUCAAAUUAGAAUAUGUGUGUAAAUAUUGAGAAAAAUUAUUUUAUAUUUCAGAUCUGCCUUAAAUUAGCUGCACUUUAGAAUAAAAACAUAAAAGAAUCUGACUUUGUGGGAUAAGACUCAUCUACUUGCAAAUAUUUAAAAUAAAACUAUCUGGGUCGUCUUUGCAUAGUAAUUAAUAAAUAUUCAAUAUGCAUUAGGGAAUAUUUGAGGCUGAGCAGGUAUAUCUUUUUUCUAGGAAUUAUCCUUCUACAUAACAUACUUUCAAUAGUGGCCUGGGAAAAUGCAGUUGUCAAAUAUUCAGAAUAUGAAUUCUGGGGAUGGACUGUAAAGAGGACUUCUACUCUUAAUGCUUCUGAUUUUUAAAAAAUCAAAUUUAUAUUAUACUCUCAACAUGUUAUAGAAGUAAUUAGUUAUUUCCUUUAAAAAUAAUAUAGAUUUUGUCUGAUGUUGUAUUGUUAGAGAAAAUAAUAGUUGAUAAAAAAACACUUCAAUAAGCUAGAUAUUCUCUGCGGCAUUUCUCCUUUAUUUUGGCUCACUGAAAAAAAUAAACUUCACCACCUUAAUUGGGUAUCUCACAGGAUCAGAAGUAGUGUGACAGUCAUUACUUUUAUUCUAGUUUAGAGCUUCUUCCUUUAUUUGUGUCAGGAACAAGUGAGGGGUGACCAAAUUCCAUGUUAUGUGCAUCUUUGCAUUUGCACUUCGUAGUGUGAUUUUUUUCCCCCUAUGGCAGCUGUAGCAGUAGUCUUGGGACUUGUAAUGUGCAGCCUGGCCAUCAUUUAUACAUUAUUGACAUGUUAUGCUAUUGUUUGUUUUUACCAUUAGAAAUUCUUGAUAUGUUAACCUACUGUAUGUUUAUGCCAUUAGAAAAAACAGGCAGAGAUGAAUGUUGAGGCUUGAGUUUUUUUUUAAAGUAAAUGUCAGUGUUUAUUCUCUAGAUAUUGACUUGAGAACAAAAUCCAACAUGCUUUAAAUAUUGUGUCUCUAAAUCUGAAGUGACAUUAGCAGUUUUCAAGAACAUUUUACAAAGCCAUCAGCUUUCCCCUAGGUUUUAGUUUAAUAAGUUAAAUUUGUAAUAAAGUCGCACCCAACAAAAGGGUGACCUUUUAGACCUUUGAAUGUGAUUGACAUGGAUCAUGACAGCAGUUGCUGUCAGAAUGCCAGCAUGUCAGGAGUAAAUAACUUGAAAUAAAUAUAACAGACUCCUCCAAAAAUAUUUAAUGAGAAGCCUUGAAAAACCAUUUCCAUCAUAGGUUGCUUCAGGAUUUUUCUCUUUUACUUGUUUCCUAACAUGAGUAUGUUGACUUUGUCCAGCAGUUAAAAGAGUUCAGACAAGUUUCUAUCACUUUCAUAUACUUUCUGUAUAAAAUUAUAGACCAAAUAAAGCAAUAAAAUAUACUAGUAUUUAUUUGUUCUAAUAUAAUGAUUGUAUGCCAAAAAUUUAAAGUAUUUUUGGAAAGUUGGUUUGCUAGCAUUAGUUUAUAUAGCAGAGAGCUCAUGUCUAAUCCUGCUGCUAACCUACUGACUUAAAGCACUUUCUGGUUUAUUUUGAGACUUAUUUCUACUGUAGAAACAUUUAGUUGUCAAAAAAAGAAACAUUUAUUUUUAAAAACAGUGUGACUCAUGGCUAAUUCAGAUGCUCAGCUACUGAGAUUGUAUUUCUGAAGCUUUACUGUACUACCUUAGUAGUAAUGGAGGUCUCAAUCCUAAUUCAAUAGUGACUGCAGUAGCAAGUCCAGGAAGGAACUUUAUUGGCUGUCUGAAUUCCUUUCCACACCAAGUAUUUCUUAGCUUCUCCAUGACAUAGAAAGGUGGAAAUGUUACAAGCAUGUAGGAUAUCUGAAAUGUUCAGGUGCUAAAUAGUUGUAGACUUAAAUGUUCAGCAUUUCACAUGGUCUGUGGCCCUCUAAUUCUGGCAUUGAAGUUAGCCGUCAUAUAACAAACUGUGUGGUGGUCCACUUUAUGUUAUUGACAGUAAUUUGGUUUUCAUAGUCCCUUUGCUGUUCCUGUGGAGUGUCUUACAUGUUUACAUGUUAUUCUGAUAGCAGUUGUGUAUGAGGAACACCCAAGGGAUUGUGGCAGCCACUAACAAUUGGCCCAUAUUAUACACUCUAGUAGCUUCAGUUUCAGAGCAGGUGAAUAGGCUGCUGCUUGUGAUUUUACAUUAGUAAAAGGGAACAUGCAACUGAAUGCUGUGUAGUGAAUCAGCAGUAGUGGCAUAGCCAGUGUAGCAAAUUCAGCCAUAUAUAGGAGAGCUGUAGUAUCUUACAACUCCCUGUGACUUUUUCUUUACUUAGGAAAAAAGUCUGUUCUAUUUGGAACUACUCGGGGAUGACAAGUUUCCUCUCUUUCUCCCCUACAAAUAGCAGUUAAGAGAUAGUGAAAACAUGUCAUUAGUGCUGGUGAUGUAAGCUGUCUGUAUUUUAGAAUUGCAUCUCAACUCAUUCUGUACCAUUGGUUUUGUGAGCUAGGACUGCAGGAAGAUUUGGUCCAGCAACAUUGGUGUGGCACAAUGGCCCAUCACAGUUGCCCAUCUUCUCUCCUACUGUGGUCCCAGUCUGGAUCCAGCCACCCUUCUUCCUUUACUGUUAAAAAAAUACAUGAUGUUUUUGACAAACAACACAUCAUGUAUUUACUAUACCAAGUAAUUUAACCCUCACAUACUUUCGUAAGUUAAUGUUUCAUCACUCACAUUUUGGGGUUAGCUUUUCAGAUCCUGAACCAUACCUGAGCAAUAAAGUACUCCCCAAUGGUUGGUAACAGGAAAAUUAGCCAGGCCACUGAUUUAAGCCAAUUGUCCUGUCACCUUUUAGCAUCACUGGCAUUUUGAUGUUGUAUUCUGUAAUAGGGAAGACAGGUCAGACCAUCCUUCUCCAAUCCUCUGAUGUUUUGGCAUAAAUAUUAUCAUCUCUGAUCAUUGGCCAUGUUGGUCUGUGCUAAGGAAGGUGUUGCCCAAAACACUUGUAGAGUACUAGGUUAGGAACUGGUUAGUGCUUUCAGUACUGCUGGUGAAUUAAAAUUGUCCUUGAGAGAAUUUUAAGUUUGUAUGUCAAUGUUUUCGGAAUGUUUUAAUCAGUAUGAUAAUCUGUAAAAACUGGAGUUAACCUAUGUUAAAAUCAGGAAUACAAUAGUUCAGAAUCAACAGGGAGAGUGUAACAUAUUAACAGCAAAUUUACUUGUGGUAAAAAAUGAUAUAUUUUUUCAAAGCAUGAGUGACUUGAAUACAUGCCUUUUUGUUCGGGGUGAUUCUGUUGGAAAGGUUUGAUAUAAACACAACUUGACAGAAGUAGAAGUGGAGAAAAUUCCCUUUUUUUAGAAUGAUGAACCAGUAAGCUUCAAGAAAUAACUAAAUUUUAAUAUGGGUUUCAAGAUAGUGUAUUAAAGCCUCCAUCUUUUGCUUUGGAGGAGGUGUAGUUGCCUAUACUUUUGCUGAUAAUGACAUUUGUGAAGUAGCAACUGUGCAACUAUCCUAUUUUGUAAAACAAACAAGCAAGCUAGUAAAAGUUGAGCUCUUUUGAACAUGCAUCUCCAGAGGAAAAAAAUGCAACUCCUUUGUUUUACUGCCUUAGGAGAAAUUAUUCCAAGUAUGCUGGGUUUCGGUCCUUGGCAUAGGAAUGCUUACAGAAUUAUUGGCUGUGAAUCUUGGUUUUCAUCUAUUGUCAAUUUGUUUUAAAAUUUACUGUCCUUUAUUUAAGCUGACCUUCAAUACAAAAUAGCUGAAAUGUAUAGAAAGAUAAAACAGAUUGGACAUCUUUUAGAAAUGUAUAAAAGUUUGUAUGAAGUGGGUUAAAGCAGUUUAUAGCAACUGAGUUUUGCACCUAUCCUGCACUGCGAAUGUUAAAUGUAAAUAAAACACUUUAUAUGGGG